GGUCUCCACCAAUGCAGUGGAAACACAAUUUCUCUGUGGCCUAGAGGUAGCAAAAGGUUAAACCGGUGAAAUCAAGCGGCCACCAGACUGAGGACAGACACACGAACAGGAGCCUGCAGAAAUGUCUCCCUUCGAAAACAGAGGACUAAUGCUGGGCAUAAUGGCAGGGACUGCUGGAUUAAGCCUGGUGCUGGUUUGUUACCGCAAGAUCCGAAAGCCUGGUGCAGCUGUGCGUAUUCGAGGGUUGCAGGAUAUAGGUAACAGAAUUAAUUCUAUGGUCUUGCCAAAUGAGGCUCCUAAUGACCAAGGAGCAGUAAUGGUUUUACAUAGAAGGCAACUGCAGAUACUAGAAAAAUUGAAUGGCCUGCUACUAAGUGUGGACGAACUGAAGAGAGAGGUGGAAUUUCUGAAAGAAGCUAUUCCAAAACUUGAAGAGCUUGUUCGAAAUGAGCUUCAAGGAAGUGGUGAUGUUCAGAGAGUUAGCCCAUCACACAGAGCAACAAGGCGGAGAAAAGCAGAGACAGCUCCUAGUGCAAGAGAAACUACCAGCUCUGAGGAGGCAGAAAGUGAAGGAGGUUACCUUACCGCUCAUACUGAUUCUGAAGGAGACUCCGAGGAAGAAAAGAGAUGGAUGAAAUCACCUGAUACCAUGGUGGAAUCAGAAGAAGAUGAAGACUUGCUUAAUUUUUUACAGCAGGUGGACAAUUUGCACAAGGGUUCAGAGCUUGAUAAAAAGGAGGGCUUCAGACUGCUGCUUGAGAACGAUGACAAGUACGAAAACUGUGUGGACUUUCUUUGGAGGCUUGCACGUGCUUAUGGAGAUCUGUUUGAAAUGACUACUGAUGCUGAGGAGAAGAGGAAAUAUGUAACUGAUGGAAAGAUUAAAGCUGAAAAAGCUAUUCAACUGGAUGCUGGGAGUGCUGAGAGUCACCAGUGGUUUGCAAUUAUGUGUGGCUAUAUGUCUCAGUUUGAAAGUGUACAAAACAAAAUCAGGAAUGGUUAUCUCUUUAAGGAGCAUCUAGACAAGGCAAUUGAACUUAAGCCUCAAGAUCCCUUUUUAUAUUACCUGAAUGGAAGAUGGUGCUAUUCAGUAGCUCAGUUGUCGUGGCUUGAAAAGAAAGUAGCUGCUGCUCUCUUUGGGACUCCACCAACUUCAACAGUAGAAGAAGCAUUGCAGAAUUUCCUUAAGGCAGAAGAAAUGCAUCCAGGAUAUUCCAAAUGCAAUUAUGUGUAUUUGGCAAAGUGCUAUAAAGAUCUUGGCCAGAAAAGCAAUGCACUGAAGUGCUGUGAUUCUGCACUGUCAAUUCUCUCAGUUACUAAUGAGGUGGGUAUUGAGAGUGAUAACUUGUUCCCUUGUGACUGCUCUCUUGUCUUUGGCAUCCAUUAUUGCACUGCCGGUAACAACAUAAUGUUUCAGUUUUUCCUCUGAACACAGAACAUUCCUUUUUCCUCCACUCUAGGUUGUCUCAUUACAGUUGUUUGUAUCAACAGCUUUAAAAAAAAUUUGUUUGGGGAACUGUCAGGGACUUGUCCGUAUCAGAAAUUGAACUGUACUCUUUGUAAUUCAACCCACUUCAUUAGAUCAUCUUGAGCAUAAGCAGUUGAGUGUGUCACUCUAGCUGUGCUGAAAUUUUGCCCCAGACCUAUGCUUUUCUCAAUUGAAAGCACUCUGGAUUUUUGUCCUACGGUCUCUGUCUCUGCUCCUGAAAGCCUCUGAUUUGUGAUUCUUGUUAAGGGCAGUAUGUCAACUACAGCAGAGGCAGAUGAGUUAUUAAAGAUUGGCUUUGUCUUCAACCACAGGGCAGAGGGCAGUUAAGGGGGCACAGUUCUUCAAGUCACAUCUGCUGGCCUAGAGUUUGUUCUAAGAGGUUACUAGAUUCCUCUUCAGGCCCAUUACAGUAUUUUAGGCCCAUUAGAGCAUUUUUGGUAUGUGGACAAAAAAUUUCUACAAAUAUUUGAGAGAUUUUAAGUUGUUUAAUUUCUCAAAUAUAAACCAAGUCAUGGCAAGAAGGUUCACUCUGUCUGAUCUCAUGUAGAAGCAAGUUCCAUAACUGACCUAUGACUGGAAACAUCUUACCAUCCUAGAGCAUGACGAGUUCAAACCUGAGCUUUUUCAGCCUAAGGGACCCCCUCUGAGCACAGCAGAUGUUGU